AUGCCGCUCGCCAAAAGCAGAUUCCACAGGCUAGACGCCUUCACAAAGACUGUCGAAGAUGCGCGGAUACGGACGACGUCCGGUGGUAUCGUUACAAUCGCUUCUCUACUGCUGAUUUUGUGGUUAUCAUGGGGAGAAUGGUCGGAAUGGAGGAAGGUCACGGUCAACCCUGAGUUGAUUGUUGACAAGUCGAGAGGCGAGAAGAUGGAAAUACACCUGAACAUGACCUUUCCUCGAAUACCCUGCGAACUCCUAACGCUCGAUGUGAUGGACGUCUCCGGCGAGAUUCAGGCUGGUGUGCAGCACGGGAUCAACAGAGUUCGGCUGUCGUCCGCAGCAGAGGGCUCCAAAGUACUGAGCAGCGAGGCUCUACAACUUCACGCCGACAACCCAAGCACGAAUCUGGACCCAGACUACUGCGGCAGCUGCUACUCAGCGCCUGCACCACCAAACGCGAAGAAGCCCGGCUGCUGCAACACCUGCGACGAGGUCCGCGAAGCAUACGCCGCCAACUCCUGGUCGUUCAGCGACGGUAAAAACGUCGAGCAGUGCCAGCGAGAAGGCUACGGCGAGCGUCUGGAAGCACAACGCAAAGAAGGGUGCAGGAUAGAAGGCAUCGUUCGCGUCAACAAAGUGGUCGGGAACUUCCACGUUGCCCCAGGCCGAAGCUUCAGCAACGGCAAUAUGCAUGUUCACGACCUGGCAAAUUACUUCGACACCCCGGUCGAGGGCGGGCACACGUUCACUCAUGAGAUACACCACCUGCGCUUUGGUCCUCAGCUGCAGGACGCCGCGGAUACGCGCUGGCAGGGUAGCGUUGGCGGAAACAACAAUCCUCUGGACGGAGUGAAGCAGGACACAACGGAAGCCGCGUACAACUACAUGUACUUCAUCAAGGUGGUCAGCACCUCGUACCUUCCACUAGGCUGGGACGAGAGGAAAAGCGAGAGUCUCCUGCACUCAGUGGGCAGCUUCUCGCCUCUGGGUCAAUAUGGGUUGGGCACUCGGUCGAAGCCGAUUGAGUCACAUCAGUACAGUGUCACAAGCCACAAGCGGAGUCUGGCUGGAGGGACAGAUGCGCAGGAGGGUCACAAGGAGAGGUUGCACGCUCAUGGUGGCAUUCCGGGUGUGUUCUUCAGCUACGACAUCUCACCGAUGAAGGUCAUCAAUCGAGAGGUCCGGCCAAAGACGUUCGCUGGCUUUCUGACGGGGCUGUGUGCAGUCAUCGGAGGGACAUUAACGGUCGCAGCGGCGGUUGACAGAGGGCUUUUCGAGGGCGCAACGCGGCUAAAGAAGAUCCGGAGUGAAUAG